UGCUCGCGGUCGCCAAUGAGCGAGGUCGAGCCCGCGUCCUGCGCGGGGGCCGGGGAAGCGGCGGGGCCGGGCCUAGAGCCGAAGGCGGCGCCAGGACAGCGGCGGGGCAGGGCCUGGGCGCUCCGGCGGCAGCCGCUGCAGGAAGAGGGGGAGAGGGCCGGGCCGGGCCGGGCCUGGUCUGGUGCGCUCGGGCCGGGCAGGGAAGCGAGCAGGGCCGGGCAGCAGGAAGAUGGCAGAGCCGGAGAUUCAGCUGCUGCUGGGCGUGGGGCUGAUUGUGAACAUCUUUCCACCAUAGAAAAAGACACCAAUGGAGAUACUCUGUGGGUAUGGUGUUAUCCUUCCACCACAGCUGAAAUGAGGGAUCUAUUGCUGAGAAAAUGCUGCCUUACAGAUGAAAAUAAACUGCUUCACACCUUUGUAUUUGGCCAGUAUAGAAGAUCAUGGUUCUAUAUAACAACAGUGGAAGUUCAAGAUUCUUCAGUCUUGAAAAAGGUGACUCACUUUUCUAUUGUUCUGACUGCCAAAGAUUUUAACCCGGAGAAAUAUGCAGCCUUCACUAGGAUAUUGUGUAGAAUCUACCUGAAGCAUGGGAGUCCAGUUAAAAUAAUGGAGAGUUACAUUGCAGUUCUUACAAAGGGGAUCUGCCAGAGUGAAGAAAAUGGAUCUUUCCUCAGCAAAGAUUUUGAUGCCCGAAAGGCUUACCUUGCAGGUUCAAUCAAAGAUAUAGUAUCUCAGUUUGGUAUGGAAACAGUUAUCCUAUUCACUGCACUGAUGUUAAAGAAAAGAAUUGUUGUAUACCACCCAAGAAUAGAAGUCAUCCAGGAGUUUACCAGGACUCUACCUGCUUUAGUGUGGCAUCGACAGGACUGGUCAAUUCUUCAUUCAUAUGUUCAUCUAAAUGAUGAUGAACUGGAAGCAUUGAAGACCUGCACAGGUUACAUUGCUGGAUUUAUAGACUCCAAAGUGAGCAAUAGACUGGAUCUAUAUGAUGUGUAUGUGAAUUUGGCAGACAGUGAAAUUACCAUUUCCCAGCAAGCGAAAGAGGCAAUGACAAUGGGAAAAUUGCACAAAGAAAUUGGUCAACUCAUUGUUCAGUCUGCAGAAGAUCCAGAUAAAUCAGAUAGUCAAGUCAUUAAGGAUAUUUCACUGAAAUCAAAGGAAAUGUUGACUAAUCUGGCAUCAUUUACUGAAGUUUCUGAUGAUGGUGAGAAACCGACACUUAACUUUGAAUCCCUAAAACAAAAGCGAUAUCCACCAGCUACAGAAAACUUUCUUUAUCAUCUAGCAGCUGCUGAACAAAUGCUUAAGAUAUGACUUUGUUGAUACACUUAAAUGUUGUGGACCAAUAUGAAAUAUUCCCUUUGCCAUAAAACUAUGACUAUCUGCUACUUAUAUAAAAAAUUAAAGGUAGCAAAGAAAAUGUUACAUUUUUAAUGAUGUAAUGCAAAAUAUAGACAUUUGACCUGGAA